AUGGACCCUGUGGAGGUUCUCCCUCCCUGGGUUUCCGAAGACGACCUUCUCCUCAAGAAUGCUGUCGAGGCUGGUGCUUCCUUGGAAUCCCUGGCCAGAGGAGCAGUUCGGUUCUCAAGGCGGUACUCCUUUAGGGAAUUGCAAGAUCGGUGGCUGUCUCUGCUUUACGACGGAGAUGUUUCCACGGAGGCUGCUAUUGCCAUGAGGAAAUUGGAGCUGGCUAAGUCAGCCGCUGUAACCCUUGGCGAAGGAGUUGGUGGUGGGGAGAAGAAGAAAUUUCAAAACAGUGGUGGUGUUGGAGAAAAGAGAAAAUUUCAAAGCAUUCGCGACCGGUACUACACCAUGCAGAAAAAGUUGCGCCGGCACCGGAUUAGCAUCAUGUCUUCCAAGGUAAAGAAUGGGGUGGUGGGGUGUGAGGGAAAAGAGAAUGUGAUGGUUGAUGGUAAUUUAAAAAGUGAUGUUGUGAAUAGUAGUAUAGUUGAUUAUGGGAAUUGUUUGGGGUUAGAGGGGGCAGAGGUAGGACAAUUGAAUGAUUUGGUGAGUGAUGAACCUAUGUGGAAAACUAUUGAGGAUGUUUGUUUGCCUGAUAGCGGUGAGGGUAAAAGUGAUGGUUCUGAAGGGAGAUUGGAUUUGAAAGAGGAGUGUUUGAAUGAUGGAUUGAAAUUAAAUGUCCCUGAUGCUGAAUGUCUCCUGAACUUGACAAAUGAGGAUGAGCUUAUCCUAACGGAUGUAGAUGGAAAGGAGGAGGUAAGGGCUGUGGAUAAAGAUAAUAAGGACAAGGAUAAGUCAUGUCACAAUAAUGUUGAUUCAAUUCUGUUUAGUUCUCCUGGUGAUGUUAGUGAAUUGCAGAAGUUGGAUGUGGAAGCAAAACUUGCUGUGCCUAGUGGAUGUGCUUCUGAUGGGCUGGGGGUUGCUGCUAAUCAAUUCGUUGGCAGUUCUGGUGAUCAGCAUUUUGUUUCUGAUUCUGGAAACAAUGAUGCACUGUCAGCUGCAGCACAAAGUCCUCACCCUGAACACAAUGAGGGAUUUAUGAUCUGUGUAUUGAAUACCGAGGACCCUGAUAUCCCAUGCAAUCUUAACACGGAUGUAUCCAUUGUAGUUUCUGAAUUGGAAGCUCUGAAAUCCCAACCAAUUGUUAAAGAGGUGGGUUAUUCAGAAUCUGCUAUUGGUAUUCAAAGAAGAAAUGAACCAGAUGGAAGCCUGAAGAAAGAAGCCGUCCUUUCUCAGCCUUAUUCUGCUUCACAAACAUCUCGACAGGGAUUGAUGCAUAAUGUGAAUUCAAGCUACCGACCUGUUGUUCUUGGACUGAAAUGUGAAAAUCCUGGAAGAAACUCAAUAUCUUCAGUUUCUAGACAGAAUAGAAAUCUCAAUGUCAACUCAAGUCAUGGCAGAUCAGUUCGUGCAACUGUGAUGCCUGCCUUAGAUAGACAUCUAAAACAAGAGGAUAUGGACGGUCCAGCUGUUGCACGUGUUAAGGCCCAGGAGCAUAAAGCUUUGUCAAAAUCAGAAAAAGAAACAAAAUCAUUAUCUCUUGAUCAAGAAGGAGGUAAUAUUGAAGAUGAUGACAACUAUAACAAUUAUGAUGAUGAUUAUAAUGAUGACGAACUUCCUCAAUUUUCUGAUGUUGAGACAAUGAUUCUUGAAAUGGAUUUGUCUCCAAUGGAUCAAGACGCAAAUGCAAGGAGAGAAGUCUUGAGAUAUCAACAUGAAGAAAGUAGGAGGACCAUCAUGAGAUUGGAGCAAGCUGCUCAUUCCUCUAUGGGAAGAGCCAUUAGAUCUCAGGGUGCAUUUGCAGUAGUAUAUGGGCGCAUUCUGAAGGAAUAUAUUAGAAAAAGCAUGGUUAUACUUGGCAGAGCAACAAAUGAUGUACAUGUUGAUAUUGACUUGGGAAAAGAAGGGGAGGAGGCGACUACGAAAAUAUCUAGAAGACAGGCUUUAAUAAAGCUCGAAGUAGAUGGUUCUUUCAUUAUUAAAAAUCUUGGCAAGAGAUCUAUCUUCUUGAAUGGCAAAGAAAUUGCUUCAGGACAAGCGCGGGGUCUUGGUGCUUGUAGUGUGAUCGAGGUAACUGUCUUUCCUUUCUAUUUUGAACAACUUUUACAUAGUAAUACUGCAACUUUGUUCUUUACCUUUGGAACAUAA